UUCCGUUCUUAGUCUCCUUUUGGCGCCCCAGGGCAGCGAGAGACCGUGAGAAAUUUCUCGGCGGCGCUGAAGAUGCGCGCCACUUCCGGUCCGGCUCCUAACAACGGGGGAGGCUGGUAACCAAGGUGGGGGGGAUGGCGGAGCGGGCGCCGGAGCCCGAGGCGGAGGCGGAGGCUGAGGCGGGCGCGGGCGGGGAGGCAGCAGCCGAGGAGGGCGCAGCGGGCCGAAAGGCGCGGGGCCGGCCGCGACUCACGGAGUCGGACCGGGCCCGGCGACGGCUCGAGUCCCGGAAGAAGUACGACGUGCGGCGCGUGUACCUGGGCGAGGCGCACGGGCCCUGGGUGGACCUGCGGCGCCGCAGCGGCUGGAGCGACGCCAAGCUCGCCGCCUACCUCAUCUCUCUGGAGCGCGGCCAGCGAAGCGGCCGCCACGGGAAGCCUUGGGAGCAGGUCCCCAAAAAGCCAAAGCGGAAGAAAAGGCGGCGACGCAACGUGAACUGCCUGAAGAACGUGGUGAUCUGGUAUGAGGACCACAAGCACCGCUGCCCGUACGAGCCGCACCUGGUGGAGCUAGACCCCACUUUCGGCCUGUACACCACGGCCGUGUGGCAGUGCGAAGCUGGCCACCGCUACUUCCAGGACCUGCACUCGCCCCUGAAGCCCCUCAGUGACUCAGACCCAGACAGUGACAAAGUGGGCAAUGGGCUGGUGGCCGGCAGCUCCGACUCGUCCAGCUCUGGCUCUGGCUCUGACUCUGAGGAGCCCCCUGAAGGCCAGCCAGUCAAGGCUGCAGCAGCGGCAGCGGCGGUGACGCCCACCAGCCCGGUGGGCAGCAGCGGGCUCAUCACUCAGGAGGGCGUGCACAUCCCCUUUGACGUCCACCAUGUGGAGAGCCUGGCUGAGCAGGGUACCCCGCUGUGCCCCAACCCGGCAGGCAGUGGGCCUGAAGCCCUGGAGACGGUGGUGUGCGUGCCGGUGCCUGUGCAAGUGGGUGCGGGCCCCGGCGCCCUCUUUGAGAACAUGCCGCAGGAGGCCCUGGGUGAGGUGGUGGCCAGCUGCCCCAUGCCAGGCAUGGUGCCCGGCUCACAGGUGAUCAUCAUCGCGGGCCCUGGCUACGACGCUCUCACGGCUGAGGGCAUUCACCUCAACAUGGCAGCGGGCAGCGGUGCCCCCGGCGGUGGCCUGGGCGAGGAGGGGCCCUGUGCCAUGAUGGAGGGUGUGGCGGCCUACACCCAGACAGAGCCCGAGGGUAGCCAGCCUAGCACCACGGACGCCACUGCAGUAGCAGGCAUCGAGACCAAGAAAGAGAAGGAGGACCUAUGCUUGCUCAAGAAGGAGGAGAAGGAGGAGCCAGUAGCCCCGGAACUGGCAACGACGGUGCCUGAAAGCGCAGAGCCCGAGGCAGAGGCAGACGGGGAGGAGCUGGACGGCAGCGAUAUGUCAGCCAUCAUCUACGAAAUCCCCAAGGAGCCCGAAAAGAGGCGGCGGAGCAAGCGGUCGCGGGUGAUGGACGCUGACGGCCUGCUGGAGAUGUUCCACUGCCCAUACGAGGGCUGCAGCCAAGUCUACGUGGCCCUCAGCAGCUUCCAGAACCACGUCAAUCUUGUGCAUCGGAAAGGAAAGACCAAAGUGUGCCCUCAUCCUGGCUGUGGCAAGAAGUUCUAUUUAUCCAACCACCUGCGGCGGCACAUGAUCAUCCAUUCAGGUGUCCGUGAAUUCACCUGCGAGACCUGCGGCAAGUCCUUCAAGAGGAAGAACCACCUGGAGGUACAUCGGCGCACGCACACCGGCGAGACUCCCCUGCAGUGCGAGAUCUGUGGCUACCAGUGCCGGCAGCGGGCGUCCCUCAACUGGCACAUGAAGAAGCACACUGCGGAGGUGCAGUAUAACUUCACGUGUGAUCGCUGCGGGAAGCGCUUUGAGAAGCUGGACAGCGUCAAGUUCCACACGCUCAAAAGCCACCCGGAUCACAAGCCCACCUGACCCACCUGACGACUGACCACCCCUAUUUAUUCGUCCGCUCGGACACCACUCCCGGGCUUGCUGUGGCCUGGACAGCUGCGAGGGCCGCCCGGACCGCGGGCCGGAAGGAGGCGCCCCCGCCCCGCCCCAGGGCUGGGCCCCCUGGGCAGGUUCCCCACCCCGCCCCACCACAUCCUUUUCGGAGCUGGUACCUGGGGCUGCAUUACUGGAACUGUCAAGAGAGCAGAGUGAGAUUAAAGAGCGAGAAAGGAGAUGCCCUUCCCCUAGGCCUGAAUGAUUUGGGGUGCCAGGUCCCUCUCUGUCUCCAGCCUACUUGAUCCCUUCCUGAGCGAGGCCGGAAACGAGGGAUGUCCCUGGGCCCGGCAGCCCCGCACAGCCCCUGCUCCCACAGGAUGGGGUGGGACUUGGGGGUCUGGGGUCUCUGGGCAUCUCCCAGAACUCAGGACCCUAAUGCCCACUCCUCCUCUUUUAUGGAGCACCCAUGUCCCACCUUCAGUGAGCUUCCGGGAUGAGAUGGGGAGGUGUUCAGUAAACCCCUAAAAUGAGAAACA